CCCAACCAAAACCAACGACAAAAAACAGAGUCGAAAGCUGAGAGUGAUUCUCAAAUUAGGGUUCCAAGAAACCAAGAAGAAGAAGAAGAUGUCGUAUCUGUUGCCUCACUUGCACUCCGGCUGGGCCGUCGAUCAAGCAAUCCUCGCCGAAGAAGAGCGUCUCGUCAUUAUCCGAUUCGGUCACGAUUGGGAUGAAACAUGCAUGCAGAUGGAUGAGGUGUUGGCGUCGGUGGCGGAGACGAUAAAGAACUUCGCGGUGAUAUACCUGGUGGACAUAACGGAGGUGCCGGAUUUCAACACCAUGUACGAGCUCUACGAUCCUUCAACGGUCAUGUUCUUCUUCAGGAACAAGCACAUCAUGAUCGAUCUCGGCACUGGCAACAACAACAAGAUCAAUUGGGCUCUCAAGGACAAGCAGGAGUUCAUCGACAUCGUCGAGACCGUUUACCGCGGGGCGAGGAAGGGUCGCGGUCUUGUCAUCGCUCCCAAAGAUUACUCCACCAAAUACCGCUACUGAUUCAUGCGGAUCUGUAAAGUACACGAGGAAGUGUGCAGAAAGCCUACAAUUAUAGCGACUAGAAGUCAAGUGGUAUUUGGUUUACAUCCCUGGAUUUUGAAAACCAAUUGAAACAAUCCAAUUAUAAGCAAAACUACAGGCUUGGAUCUGGAAAAAUGGGAACUUUAGCUUGCAAACUGUAACAAUAAACUUAUCAUCGAGUAAUAAUUGACUUUUUUUCCCAAACACAAUCUACUUUUAUAUGUCAGUGUUAAGGGUAGAUGACACCAGAAGUUGAUAAAUGUCUGUCCAAUGUCACUCACAGUGUUUAGUUAUGUACUCGCCUCUACCCCUACUUGAAAAAUAGUGAAGGACCUGUAAUGAAAUUAAUCUCCCAAUCGCAUUUGUCAAUUUUGGGACCCUGUGAAUGCAAUUUCUAUAACAGCUUUAUCUUUA